AUGCGGGAUGUUAGACCAACUGUUGAGAAUCACAGGUGUGUCUCCAGACUCUCCCUUCGCAACGCUCCAAUACUCCCGUGCCCCUUCACUCCAAACACGACGCGAUCGUCGCAAUUCUCCCUUCCUGAGGCUCAUUCCGUGCACGCCGCGUUUCUUUUCCUCUCGUCCGUUCCUCCCUUACCCGCCACGUCGCAUUCAGUGUCCCGUCCGCUUCCCGGUGCGCGCUGCCGUCUCUUCCUUCUAGACGAUUCAUCCGUGGCGGACUCGUCCUAUUCACCCUCCCGUGCGCGCUUCGUCCCGCCCACCCCAUCCUCCCUUCCGCAAGCGUACACUCUCCUUCUCUGCGCCUCUCCUCCAUUGAGCGUACCCUCUCAUGCCCCGCUGCUCCUCUCUUCCAUUGUGUGUGCACUCUCUUUCCCCUCCGCGCCAUUCGCAUUUUGUCCCCAUCAUCUCCUCCUGUGCAUAUACUAUCACAUACACCGCUGCUCCUCUCCUCCUUUGCGCCUUCUCCUCUUUUUCCGUGAGCCCUCCCUCUCAUUCCCCUCUCAUUCUCUCAUUCCGUGCGCCAUCCUUCUCAUUCCCCUCUCAUUCCCCCCUCAAACUCUCAUUCCGUGCGCCUUCACUCUCAUUCCCCUCUCAUUCUCUCAUUCCGUGCGCCUUCACUCUCAUUCCCCUCUCAUUCUCUCAUUCCGUGCACCUUCACUCUCAUUCCCCUCUCAUUCUCUCAUUCCGUGCGCCUUCACUCUCAUUCCCCCUCUCAUUCUCUCAUUCCGUGCGCCUUCACUCUCAUUCCCCUCUCAUUCUCUCAUUCCGUGCGCCUUCCCUCUCAUUCCCCUUCUCAUUCCCCUCUCAUUCUCUCAUUCCGUGCGCCUUCACUCUCCUUCCCCUCUCAUUCUCUCUUUCCGUGUGCCUUCGCUCUCAUUCCCCUCUCAGUCUCUCAUUCCGUGCGCCAUCCCUCUCAGUCCUCUCUUUCCGUGCGCCUUCACUCUCAUUCCCCUCUCAUUCUCUCAUUCCGUGCGCCAUCCCUCUCAUUCCCCUCUCAUUCUCUCAUUCCGUGCGUCAUCCCUCUCAUUCCCCUCUCAUUCUCUCAUUCCGUGCGCCUUCACUCUCCUUCCCCUCUCAUUCUCUCUUAGGGUGUGCCUUCCCUCUCAUUCCCCUCUCAACCUCUCAUUCCGUGCGCCUUCACUCUCCUUCCCCUCCCAUUCUCUCAUUCCUUGCGCCUUCACUCGCAUUCCCCUCUACUCCUCUUCUCACGUGCGCGUUCUCUCGUCCCCCCUCUGGUUCACUCCUCACGUGCGCGAUCUCUCUCGUAACCCUCUAUUCUGCGCCGCAUUCCUUGCUCUCACUUGUCCCACCCUCCAUUCCGCGCCUCGCCCCCAUUCCUCGUGA